GUGAUAAGUUUUCGGACUCAUUUGAGUGCCUAUAGUUUAAGUAGUGAGCGGGACGUGACUGUGGAUUUACUAGAGGGAGUUAUUCGGACAUCCUGUGAAAAUGGGAUAUAAAAUCAGCUUCGUUAUUUUUGGAAUCAUCUGUUUGAGUGGAUUAGCUUACGGUGAAGUAAUCGAUGCAAGCAACAUCGAACAAGUGAACGGUCAAGUAGUCUUCAAUAAUGUGUCUUGCUACACUUGCGAAGGUCCCAAUUGUUCGGUUGCAGAUGUGACAACUUUACCAGUUCAACAAUGUGAUUUGUUUGGAGCUCAAUGUGCCACCACCUUCAACGUGAACGGCACAGUAUCGGCACGUGGAUGCAGCAACUUGUUAAGUAUGACUGCCAAUGCAACAUGCAUUUCCGCGCCAGGACAGUUAUGCUUCUACUGCGUUUCGCCGCUCUGCAAUACUGCACUGAAUCGAACCGAAUUCGUGGAAUGCUACCAAUGUGACUCCUACUCAAAUAGCGAAUGUGUAUGGAAUACAAACGAUAGUAGCAUUUCGGUCGUUCAGUGCAAUCAAGGUUGUAUUGUCGCCCUUUUACCCAAGAGUUCCAGUGACAAUGAAACCUACGAGACAUAUCGCGGGUGUGGUAGCGAAGUUAGUGCUUUAGGAAUGACUUCAUGCGAUGGCAACAAUGGGUCUUGUUGGAGUUGUAAUGGAACGAAGUGUAACGAUUUUAACGAACCCUCGGAUCGCCUUGUAUGCAAUUUCUGCGCGAAUGCCGAUUGCAAUGAAACAUUCUCACAGGACUGCCUCAGUUAUCGGGCUGACGACAAAUGCGCUUAUGUUCUUACCGUCAACGGCACCAUAUCAUAUCUUGCUUGCGCCAGUAACUUCCCUCCAUCGACUUUGGACUAUAUGAAAGGACUAGGAAUAUUGGUAGAAUGUGAUGGUGUCAAUUGCAACACACUGACGAAUGCCCCACAUCUUCAGUUGAACACAAGCACUUGCGUAAGCUGUUCAUCCGACCAAAAUGAAUUUUGCGCCACUGAUCCUAGCAAAAUCACAACUACAGUGGAGUGCACCGAUCUGAAUAAGUUGUGCGUGACGAGGAUUACAAGUGAGGGACACACUGUGCGUGGCUGUCUUGCCGACCAAUCUCAAAGCGACUUUUUGGAUUGCUAUACGGGAUCCAACUCAACAUACUGUUCAACAUGCAAUGCAACCAGCUGCAAUAAUGAGAUAUUCCCUGCAGACCGCCUGUCGUGCUACGUCUGCAACUCGAACGACGACCAAGCGUGUGAAUCCAGCCCAGCAAAUGCAACUGUCUGUCCGAUUUAUUCUCCUGAGGAAACGUGCACUCAGUACUUGCUGAACUCAACAACAAUUCGAGGAUGCAGUUCCCAGUUCCCAUGUGCUGGCGAGAAAUGCAGUCCUUGCGAUACUUCAGCCUGUAACGACAAGGACUUGAAUAAUGGAUCAGCCACAAUCCAAACAACAGGAGCUGUUCUGUUUGCGGCUCUUCUAGUCUUUGUUUUCCAAAAAUUAGAGCUGUGAAGAUGCCUGUGGCCUUGAAAUAGCUUUUAGUUUCUUUUUAAGACAAAUCUUGUUUUUUUUAUUUAAAACGUCUGAUAUUUUUUGGGCUUUAUUUAUAUGUGACAACACAUAUGUACCUAGAAAUGAAUUGUUUGAACGAGAUGA